CUCGCUUCCUCCGCAGGCCUGAGAAGGGUCAGCGGCCCGGGGGGAACAUGGAGGCGCUGCUGAGGCGGGAGCUGGGUUAUGGCUUCGUCAAGGCCACUGGCCACUCGGGAGGCGGGUGCAUUAGCCAGGGCCAGAGUUACGACACGGACAGAGGACGAGUGUUUGUGAAAGUGAAUUCCAAGGCCGAGGCCAAAAGAAUGUUUGAAGGUGAGAUGGCAAGUUUAACUGCCAUUCUGAAAACAGGCACAGUGAAAGUGCCCAAGCCCAUCAAGGUUCUCGAUGCUCCUGGAGGUGGGAGUAUGCUUGUGAUGGAGCAUUUGGACAUGCGGUAUCUGAGCAGUCAUGCUGCAAAGCUUGGAGCCCAGCUUGCGGAUUUACACCUUGAGAACAAGAAGCUUGGAGAGACAUUCCUGAAGGAGGCUGGCACAGUUGGGAAAGGAGGUGGGCAGGAGGAAAGGCUGUUUGUGGACCAGUUUGGGUUUGAUGUGGUGACAUGUUGUGGAUACCUUCCCCAGGUGAAUGACUGGCAGAAGGAUUGGGUCAUGUUCUAUGCCCAGCAGCGCAUUCAGCCCCAAAUGGACAUGGUGGAGAAGAAGUCUGGAGAUCGGGAGGCCCUUGAACUCUGGUCUGCUCUACAGUUGAAGAUCCCUGACCUGUUCCAUGACCUGGAGAUCAUGCCGGCCUUGCUCCACGGAGACCUCUGGGGAGGGAACGUAGCAGAAGAUUCCUCCGGGCCCAUCAUUUUUGACCCAGCUUCUUUCUAUGGCCACUCAGAAUAUGAGCUGGCGAUAGCUGGCAUGUUUGGGGGCUUCAGUAGCUCCUUUUACUCUGCCUACCAUAGCAAAAUCCCCAAGGCCCCAGGGUUCCAGAAGCGCCUGGAGUUGUAUCAGCUCUUCCACUACCUGAAUCACUGGAACCAUUUUGGAUCUGGGUACAGAGGUUCCUCCCUAAACAUCAUGAGGAAUCUCGUCAAAUAAGUGGACUUUCCCUUGGAGGGAGGCGUCUUUGAGGAGUGUGCCUCAAGCUCAGGUGUUUUCCACGUGGCUGGAGCUGCUCCGUUCCACUUAGUGGCUUGUCUUCAAGCUUUGUAAAGUAUGAAAUAUAUCUGAGGAGAGGUCUUGUCCACUGUGUCAGACUUCCUGGCUGGAUCAGGCCACACUGGUGAUAUGAACACAGGGACCUAUGCGGCCUGGGGGCAUUGAACCAUGCUCUGCUGUAAAGAUAGAGAACUGUAUGGGCAUUGUAGGGGAGUGGCCAGUGUGCCCACUGCCCUCUCCUGCCUGCUUCUGUGUCCAGCAACAUCUCUGAGCUGGUCAUGAUUAUGCUUCAAUGAGAAGACUGAGUCCAGACAUGGAGCCAUCUUAUCAGAAGCUUUGAAUAAUGACCAAUUUCAAAAUCAAGCACAUUCCUUUUCUUUGUGCAUCAUCCCUGGUUGCUGCUGCAGGCUGAGCAAUCUGGAAACUGGUUCUGGGACCGACCAAACUGCCAGCCUUAGGUAAAUUGGAUAAAUUUAGGAGCCUUGAACUGCUCCUGUUAUCACCAUGUCUCGUGUGCUGUUUUCCAAAGAUUGCUGAAUUGUCAGUCCUUUAAAUACAUAAAAUAAGCAUUGAACUAAUAUUUUUUCCAUUCUUAAGUAUUGUAGUGAUCAGAAAUUUCUUGAAUGGCAUUGAUGCUAAUAAAUCCU